UGUAAACCGGGUGCCUGAGGCGGUAAUUGUUAAUCAACGAUAAGGUACCUCACGCAUCACGCGAGGCAGGUACGCGACCACGGCGCCCCGUCUGCGCCUGCAGGAGAGGAGCGACGCUGCUGUACGUCGGCCCCACGACAUCACGUUUGUCCGUUCCCGUCCGACGUGCAUCCGUAGAUACAUACAUACGCUCGAGCAACGACAUGGACCUCGAUUUCACAUGACUGACACACAACAAAGUCGACACAUUGCACGUGAAGUCGCCUGCUAGCGCCCUGGGUGCAUUUCGUUUCGUUUCAUCAUGAGGGCGUCCUCGCGUGCGUGUCGCUUCGCCAGGUCCCAGUUGACACGACCUCAGACACCCUCGGCUCGGUCUUACUCUGUGCGAGUCUCACAGGAGGAUGGUCCGACGUCUGUCUCUACCGUGUCCGACCUCCUGUCAAUAGAUCGGAGUCUUGAUGUACGGGUGGACGGGUGGAUCAAGAAUGUGAGGCGGAGCGCAGCCGUUCGGUUCCUGGACAUAUCAGAUGGCUCCUGCAGGGCCCCUCUCCAGGCUGUUGUUGACAAACACGUCUUCAACGGUUUGCCAGGAGUCGGGGCUCAGUUCGGGGCGGCUGUCAGUCUCAAGGGCACUUGGACGCCGAGAGCAAAGCCCGAAACAGCACAACCUGGAGAACCAGCCACGUUCGAGCUGAGCGUGAAGGAGAUGGAGAUUCUGGGAGAUUCAAAUGCUGCAUCGUAUCCAAUUCAGCGGAAAUACGCCACUCCUGAGAGUCUGCGCAGGAUACCGCAUCUGCGGAUGCGAACACCUCUGAACAACAACAUGCUCCGCAUCCGCUCAGAUGUCAUGGGUAUCCUGAGUCAGUUUAUGGAGGAGCAAAAGUUCCAGCAAACACAUACACCAAUCGUCACAACGUCGGAUUGCGAAGGUGCUGGUGAGACUUUCCGCGUCGAAGCCGGCACGCCCAAAGAUCCCUUCUCAAAGAAACCCCAGUACCUUACAGUGUCUUCGCAACUUCAUCUCGAGGCCUUGGCGCAGGCGCUUGGCAACGUAUGGACCCUCUCGCCAACAUUCCGCGCUGAGAAAAGUGAUACGUCUCGGCAUCUGAGCGAGUUCUACAUGUUGGAAGCCGAGCUGUCCUUCGUCGACGAUAUGGACGAAGUCAUGGACUUUAUACAGAAGCUCUUGGGUGCUGUCGUCGGAGGCCUUCAACAGCGGAGCGCAUGGAAGGAGCUAGAUGACCUGAGACUGCAUCCCAAAAACCCUGACGAGCAGCAAACUGUUGCCGACCUGGACAGCCGCGACAUCCUACAGCGCCGAUGGAACGGUCUUCUUCACACCGCCAGAUGGCCCAGGAUCACCUACACAAAAGCCAUUGAACUCUUGCAAGAAAAGGGCGCCGGCUUCGAGUUCCCCCCGACAUGGGGCAAGGGGCUGCAAAGCGAACACGAGCGGUACCUUGCCGAGACGAUAGGCUACGAUCAAGCAAGCAACUCAUAUCUCCCCGUCUUCAUCACGCACUACCCCCGAGAAAUCAAGGCUUUCUACAUGCGCCAGUCCCAGGCAAACCCGACGCAAGGACCUGUCUUUGACUGCUUCGACCUCAUCGUCCCGGGCCUCGGCGAGCUGGCAGGCGGUUCCAUGCGCGAGCACCGGCACCACUUUCUGCUGGAGAAUCUGGGCCCUGAACAUCGCUCGGGCGAGGGCGUCCUCGACUGGUACGAGGAUCUUCGACGCUGGGGGUGCCCGCCCCACGGCGGAUUCGGCAUCGGCUUCGAUCGUCUCCUGAGCUACCUGACGGGCGUCAAGAGCAUUCGGGACACGGUCCCCUUUCCUCGCCUAUACGGCCACAUGCACCCGUAGACCGGAUGCGACCUCGUGCAACGGGGCUCUGCAUCACGCCUCGCGGGGGACUACACCGCCUUCCCAGCUCUUCAGCC